UGCCAUCCGCGUGCUCUGCCGACAAAGCCAGCGGAGCAGCUGCCUCCUCUCUCACCCCGCGUGACCCGUAUCCAAUCUAACCCUCCAUCCUUGAUUCCCAACUUUUCUUCCGAUUUUCCUCCAGGGCCAAUAGUAGUAGUAACCCACUCUGCACACCAUUAGUAGGAUGAUAAUGCCCCUUCCCUACCACUAGGGGAUAUCAUUAAUGCCAUGCUGGCUGUUACUACGGUGUUGUUCAACCCCUUCUUGUCUCCUCUCCCAGAUCUCGUCGUCUGCUGCUUCUUCUUCCUCUGACGUAGUAGUCCUGCUUCUUGCCUCCCCAUGUGAUCGAAGGCCGCGGGUCGUGCUCUUUGCUCUCUUGUCUGCUCGCUUUUGUUGGGUCCGUCGGGCAGAUGGGGUUUUUCAGCUCUGUGCUGGGUUUCUUUGGGUUUGGGGUUGGAAUCACCAUGGGGCUUGUGAUUGGGUACUAUCUGUUCAUCUACUUCCAACCCACCGAUGUGAAGCACCCUGUAAUUAGGCCACUUGUUGAGCUUGGUACAAAAUCGUUGGAAAGCAUGCUUCCUGAGAUACCUCAUUGGGUGAAAAAUCCUGACUUUGAUCGGAUCGACUGGUUAAACAAAUUUGUCGAGAACAUGUGGCCUUACCUUGACAAGGCAAUUUGUAGAACCGCAAAGGAAAUUGCUAAGCCAAUUAUUGCUGAAAACACUGCUAAAUACAAGAUUGAUUCAGUUGAAUUUGAGACGUUAACAUUAGGUUCACUACCACCAACAUUUCAAGAAAAGGUGCAACAGCGUGCUGCUCCGUUAUGCUUCCUUUUAGUUAUUGAAGGGAUGAAGGUCUACACCACAGAUGAACAGGAACUUAUAAUGGAACCUUCAAUAAAGUGGGCUGGAAAUCCUAAUAUCACCGUUGUAGUAAAAGCAUUUGGGUUAAAGGCAACUGCACAGGUAAUUGAUUUGCAAGUUUUUGCCCUACCACGCAUAACAUUGAAGCCAUUGGUCCCUAGCUUUCCUUGUUUUGCGAAAAUAAUGGUAUCGCUCAUGGAGAAGCCACAUGUUGAUUUCGGUCUGAAACUGUUGGGUGCAGAUCUCAUGGCAAUCCCAGGACUGUAUGCAUUUGUUCAGGAGAUUAUCAAGACUCAGGUAGCCAAUAUGUACUUGUGGCCCAAAGUACUUGAGGUGCCAAUCAUGGAUGCUGCAAAUGCACAAAAGAAACCUGUCGGAAUUCUGCAUGUUAAUGUUGUACGGGCCGUUAAACUUACCAAGAAAGAUUUGAUGGGCAAAUCAGAUCCAUAUGUGAAGAUAAAGCUAACAGAAAACAAACUCCCAUCGAAGAAAACUUCAGUGAAACGAAGCAACCUGAAUCCUGAAUGGAAUGAAGAGUUCAAACUAGUUGUCAAGGACCCAGAAUCUCAGGCUCUCGAGCUUACUGUUUUUGAUUGGGAGCAGGUUGGAAAGCAUGACAAGAUUGGAAUGAAUGUUAUCCCAUUGAAAGACAUUGUUCCUGAUGAGACAAAAUCAGUUACACUUAACUUGCUCAAGACUAUGGAUUCAAAUGAUCCUGUAAACGAGAAGUUCCGGGGACAGCUCACUGUGGAUGUAACAUAUAAUCCUUUCAAGGAAGGUGACACUGAUCUUGAUACAAGUGAUGAGUCUAGUACCAUUGAAAAAGCUCCUGAUGGCACACCAGAUGGUGGUGGUUUGCUUGUAGUUAUUGUCCAUGAAGCACAGGAUGUUGAAGGAAAGCAUCACACUAAUCCAUAUGCAAGAAUUGUGUUUAGGGGUGAGGAAAGGAAGACUAAGCACAUUAAGAAGAACCGGGAUCCACGCUGGGAACAAGAAUUUGAGUUUGUUUGCGAGGAACCACCCACAAAUGAUAAGAUGCAGAUUGAAGUCAUAAGCAGGCCACCAAGUAUCGGUAUACAUUCCAAGGAAAACCUAGGCUAUGUCGUCAUUAGUCUCGGAGAUGUUAUAAGCAACAAGAGGAUUAAUGAGAAAUUCCAUCUAAUUGACUCAAAAAAUGGUUGCAUCCAGUUGGAAUUGCAGUGGAGAACAUCUUGAAAGGCCCCCGUGCCUGAAGCCACGGACUUGUAAAGUUUCUAUUGUUUCGAAGCCUCCACAUUUGUAUGUAGCAAGCGUUCGGCUGCGUCCUGUUGUACUUAAUUGUGAACUGCGUUUCGUUUAUUAUCUUUCGGUCCUUCUUUGGAACUUUGUUGUUUCGCAAAUUUUAGAAAAUACCCAAUAAUUGGAAGUAGAACUAAUAUCCAGGAAAGUACUUUUCCAUCUUAUUAUAUAUACAUGAACAUGCAGAUGCUCAGAUAUUACCAUGAAUUCGGUGUUUUAACAUUUACUAA